CCUGGCAAAACAGCAAAAAGGAUGGUUUACAUGGAACUACUUACAAAAAGCAACUGUUUUUUUGUUUUGUUUGUUUUUUUAAUUAGAAAUGAUUCAUUUUUAAUACAGUAUCUUCAUUUGUUUUAUAAUUCAUAAACCUGAACGGUAGCGUACCACCUAGUGGAUUUCUUUAUCAUUGAAAAUAAAUCGAUGCAACACUGAGAGCUGGACAUGAUGUAGCCGUUACCGAGUUAGAAAUACAGUAUAAGCAAAAUAUAGACCCACUGUGACUUACAUUGUAAGACCAGAUGCUGUUGAACCUUGGAAAAGAAUCAGAAUGCAUUCCCUCGAAUCCUCAAGGUUCCAGCCACUCCCAUUGGCUGACUAGCCCCCCCGCCCCUCUCUCUCUCUCUCUCUCUCUCUCUCUCUCUCUCUCUCUCUCUCUCUCUCUCUCUCUCUCUCUCGUAUCCAGUUCCAUCACUUUAUUUCUGACAGCUGCAGACAUGGCGACAGUGGUCCAGCCGCUCACAUUGGAUAGAGAUGUGGCUCGAGCUAUUGAAUUGCUGGAGAAGCUGCAGGAGACUGGGGAAGUGCCAGUCCAUAAAUUACAGUCUCUAAAGAAAGUGCUACAGAGUGAGUUCUGUACUGCCAUCAGAGAGGAUGUGGGUCAAUUAUACAGAAAAUCAGCUACCUGGGCUGCCAACACUCCCUUUAUCUGGUUACUUGACAUCAGGAGAGUCCCAGAAAUCUUUCACAUGGUCUACCAGUACAUGCAUGAAACCAUAACUGUUCAAGGCUGUGCUGAAUACCAGGCCCGGGCCACUGCAAAGGCGACGGUAGCAGCGUUUGCAGCCAGUGAAGGGCAUUCACACCCUCGAGUGGUGGAGCUGCCCAAGACAGAGGAAGGCCUGGGCUUCAAUGUGAUGGGAGGGAAGGAGCAGAACUCUCCCAUCUACAUCUCACGCAUCAUACCCGGGGGAGUGGCAGAGAGACAGGGGGGCCUCAAGCGAGGGGAUCAGCUGCUGUCCGUGAAUGGAGUGAGUGUGGAAGGGGAGCACCAUGAAAUGGCAGUGGAGCUGCUUAAGGCUGCGAAGGAGAGUGUCAAGCUGGUGGUGCGCUACACUCCCAAGGUGCUGGAGGAGAUGGAGGCCCGCUUUGAGAAGCUGAGGACGGCCCGACGCAGACAGCAGCAGCAGCUCUUAAUACAGCAACAGCAACAGCAGCAGCAGACACCGUCAGCCCAGCAGAACCACAUGUCAUAGGUUUUUCUUCCAGAAGAAAAACUUGAAGGAAUCUGCAAUCAAAUAAAUGACUGAAGUGAAGUGUUGCAAGUUCAGCACUGUUUGCUGAAGGUUCCCUGGGGGAAACAAAGAUAUUAUAUUAAUCUGUUUCUGCUCACCUGCUGUGUACCUCUAGUUGUUAGCAGUUGUGUAAUUACAGCUACAUUGAGCUUAAAUGAAUCGUGUACACUGGUGCUCUUUAAAUGAUAAUCCUCAGAAUGAAAAAAAAAGUCAAGUUAUUUAAAUUUUAAAGUAAUGUUUUUCAAUAUUAAAUGGAUUAAUUAACCUUUUCAACAAAUGAAACACACUUUUGUAUAUGUUUGUGAUAUUACUCCGCUGCCCAGGUGGUUGAUUUUGCCAGAGUUUUUUUUUUUUAUUAUUUCUUAUACUGUAGCGCAUUGGUUGAUGUCUCUCUCUUAAUAUAAAAGAUGUAAAUAAAUAUUAAACUUGUGUAUCUCAGUGAUGCUGUUACUUUUGACAAAUGUAAUCAUUUUGUACCUGGUGUAGCACAAUGUUAGACUAAAUCUAAUUUUAUAUAAAAUGAAAUUAUAAUAACAAUAUAUAAUAAUAUAAUUUAAUAUAAUACAUUACUGAUUAGAUCAUAUAGGGUGUACCAGUCAUUUACUUCUGUUCCCUAAGUUAUAGCAAACAGUUAUUAUUACCCAUUAAGUGUCUCGGUUUCUGAGCCUUAAUUCAUGUAGUCUCUUACUUGUAACUGAAAUGUCUCCACUCCUUCAACUCCUUCCCUGUCAGUAACCAAUAAGUAGUGUGGUUUCCUCACUUGCACACUGAGCCAUCAGUGCUCGUCCUGGUAGAUGUUUGAUCCCAAAACAUUGUGAUUGUGAUUCAGCACGUGUGAGACCUGCAGAGUGAAUGGCAGUGCACGACAGACAGGUACGCUUCAUGAGUCUAUUAUAUUAUGAGCAACAGUAUAGUCCUUCCGACUCACAAGAUCCAUUCAGUUCCUCCUGGUUCUUAGAAUGUCCCUGUACAGCCAGAAGAUUCAUUAAAAGAGGGAUAGAGAAAACAACUCCUGGACACUAUUGAAAAAGUUCAAGGGUAAUCAAUAUUGUGAAUCAUAAUAACGGAAAUCAUAACUGAAUUACUUGUUCAAGUAAGUCAUCCUACAAGAUGGUCGUGUGAAAAGGUGACCUAGCACCUUUCAUGUACUCUAGAUACACCCAGACAACUUCAAUUUUUUUAUUUAUUUAUUUUAUUUAUUUAUUUCUUUUUUUAUCGAACCAGAAAUGCAUUUGCUAUUUAUAUUUUCAGUUUAGCUAUUAUAUUUCUUGUAAUUCAUCAUCCAUGAUCCAAUCAGAUGACAGCAUGGGCAUAUUAGACACUGAACAGCUUUACAGAAAGAGCACUCUCUGUUCCUUUCAAUUUCUAAUGUUCCUUCUAAUAUCACUAACCCUUCCUUAAGAACAUUUAAAUGUCCCUUCGGAGCUGGUAAUUGACAGACUCCACUAUAUUUGUAAAAUUGUUGGCAAAAGCUAUGUUAAGAGCAUCAGUGUUGACAUCGGACACCACUGUGUCAAUCUAGCAGUAGAAAACUAUGCAGCUUUCAAAGCCUUGCAGCUUCAGCAUUCAAAACUGCAAACAUACCUUUUUGCUAAUGUCUGCUUAGAUAACAGCAAAUCAUUUAUUAAAUGCUGUACCUUUCGAUGUGAUUAAGUCUUGCAUAUACUGUCGUACAAUAUGGAACAACACUGGAUAUUACUGUUUAAUACUCACCUGCUGUGUUACUGUGUGUCAGUAUAAUACACACAUUAUAUAAUUUAAAAUCUUAAUGAUCUUCUGAUAUGCAACUGUUAAAAUGUAUGUAUAUUUAAAGAUGUGGCUGUAAUUAGGUGAAAACAAACUUGAAAUGGUCAAUUUAAGUCUUUCGUUGUCUGUACAUCUUUGUUUAAAUGCUCUUAAGAAUGCUGGGCUUUAGUUAUUACAUUGAAGACGGGAGUCUAUUGAAGAAAUGGCAUCGGUUUAAUACAAUUUAGGUUUGCUUGAAGUGUUGUGAAAGGUACAGAAUUGAAAUUUAUAUAUAAUAGUUUUAUUGUUAAUUUAACUUUUAAUCUAUUUGGAUUUCUUUGGCUGAACACAAGAACAUAGUAACUACAAAAAUGUUUUUAAAAAUGAGAUGCAACUUGCUAUGCAUAUGUCAUGCGAUUAAUGCAUCUUUAAAUGUUCAUAUUUCAAAACUAUAAUUUUGUUAUUAAUGCUUUUGUUAUUAAUCUCUUAAAAAAUAUCCACCAUAGUGUGUUCUAAACUGAGUGACUUGUCAGUUGUCUUAAGAAUUUAGCAUAGUUCCUAUAUACUGUAGGUGUUAAAAUUGUAUGUGUUGGUAUUCUGUUUAUAAAUAUAUAUAUACAUUCCAAUAGUGAAGAAUUUUUAAGACAAUACAGUUACAUUUAAAACAAACCGUUUUUUACAAUGCAUUGAGUUAUCUUUCGUCUUCAUGUUUGUUUUUGUAAUUAUUAUGUUAUAAGGACUUUCAUUUUUUGGAAGAGAAUACUGUAAAUGUAAUGAGAAUAUUGAAAUCUAUGAUAUAUUAUCUUUUGAUAUGCUGUGACUAGACCAGUGGGUUCCCUGUUAUACUUACAGUACUGUAUGUGUAUGUUUUUAAUGAAACCAAUAUUAAAGAACCAAUAUGAAAUACA